CUGUCUCUGCUUCCCCAGCUGUAUCCAGGGCAACCGCCUGUAAACAAGUGAACUUGCCAGCAAUGGAGGAUGUUUGGGAAGAUGAUUCUAGUUAUACAGUGUUCUCAGGCUCCUGUGAGCGGGACGUGAGCCUCUGUAAGAUAUUCUGGAACUCGGUCACUCUGCAGCCGCCGCUGGAGUCCCGUCUUGUGUCUGGGGACAUAGAGCAGCGACUGAGAGCGGCAGGAAGCACAAAGCAGAAUAAGAAUAUUGCACACCAGCAACCUGUGGAUAAUAUAAAAAUGGAAUCAUUAUUAUUUGAAGCUCAGCAGAGACAAUAUCUAAAGGAGAAGGCGAUUUACUUAAGCAAGGCUAAAAAGAGAGAGGAAAUUAUAGCACUUUUGAAAAAACAAAGAGAAGAGCGAAUUAAGAAGGAAGACAUUUCACGACCAAAUAAACCACAAAUUACUAAAAAUAGGUCAAGGUCAGAUUCUUCGGGGUAUAAUGACGUACAGGAAGAAAUACAGGCUGUUCAGCGACUGCAGUGAUUUAAUGUGAUUAAAUUUGUUAGAAAAGCUUUUAUAUUUUCUCCAAACAUUACUUUGUUUUAAAUAAAUAUUAUUGUUGUUUUAUAAACAAAAAGGGAUG